AUGAAUAAAGAGGCUGAGGAGCAGAGUGCGGGGGAAGGACAGAACAGCCCGGGGGGUCUUGGCCCACUCAGCUCUGCAGCCCCGUGGGUUCCCGGUGAGGAGAUGCUGGCCAAGCUGGGAUCCCAUCUGCUGCUGGCAGUGGCACUGCUGAGUAUAGGCCUGGGAGCCCAGGCCAUGAAAGGCGUCAAAUGCGGUGGGGUCCUCUCUGCGCCCGCCGGGAACUUCUCCAGCCCCAACUUCCCGAGACUGUACCCCUACGACACGGAGUGCAGCUGGCUGAUCGUGGUGGCCGAGGGCUCCUCCGUGCUGCUCACCUUCCACGCCUUCGAGCUGGAGUACCACGACAGCUGCGGCUUCGACUUCCUGGAGAUCUACAACGGCGCCUCGGCGGACCAGGGCAACCUGCUGGGCAGGUUCUGCGGCCGGGUGCCGCCGCCCCCCUUCACCUCGUCGUGGCAUGUCAUGUCCGUCGUCUUCCACUCCGACAAGCACGUGGCCAGCCACGGCUUCUCUGCGGGCUACCAGAAAGAUGUGUGUGGUGGCGUCCUGACUGGCCUGUCGGGGGUCCUUGCCAGCCCUGAGUACCCCAACAACUACCCCAACAACAUGGAGUGCCGCUGGGUGAUCCGGGCCACGGGGCCAGCCACGGUGAAGCUGGUGUUCAUGGACUUCCAGGUGGAGGCCAGUGAGCAGUGUACCUAUGACUACGUGGCUGUGCUCGGGGGACCCGGGCCAGCCCAUGGGCAGCACUAUUGUGGUGGCACCAGGCCCCCAACCCUUGUGUCACUAGGCAGUGAGCUUCAGGUGGUCUUUAAGUCAGACUUCAACAUUGGAGGCCGAGGCUUCAAGGCCCACUACUUCUCAGGAGAAUGCCAGGAGGUGUACGUGGCCGUGCGGGGCAACUUCUCCAGCCCUCAGUACCCCAGCUCCUAUCCCAACAACAUCCAGUGCCACUGGACAGUCCGUCUGCCCCCAGGCUACCGGGUCAAGGCAUUCUUCCUAGAUCUGGACCUGGAGGACCCCAACAGCCUGACCAGGACCUGUGAUUUUGACCACCUGGCAGCCUUUGAUGGGGCCAGUGAGGACGCACCUCUGCUUGGCAAGUGGUGUGGCCGCCACUCACCGCCACCGGUCACCUCCAGCCACAACCAGCUCCUGCUGGUCCUGCACACAGACCGCAGCACCACAGGCAGGGGCUUCUCCGUGGCCUACAUUGGAGUGGUGCCCAUGAACGUGAGCUGCUCCCGCACAGACUUCCAGAUCCUGAUCUCUGCGCAGGCGCUGGCCCCGCUGGAGCGGACCAAGGUCUACUUGGGCAGCCGGAACUGUGCUGCCCAGGAAGUUGGCAGCAACUUCCGGAUCCAGGCCCGCUUUGACACCUGCGGUACGGAGUCUCAGAGGAGAAACAAUACCUCGGUGAUCGUCAGUGUGCUGUACAUCGACUUCUCGGUGGCUGGGCAGGAGGACGUCCAUGAGUACGAGGUCCGCUGCGAGCCGCGGCGCAAGGAAGCUUCUGUCCAUCUGCUGUCCGGCUCUGACUGGCUUGGGCCCUAUGCUGCCGCGGCCGAGCACCUUCAGGAGGCACCGCCCAGGGAUGAGGAGGAGGCACUGGAGCGCCCAGUGACCAUGGUAGCCCAGGACACUAGUGACAUCGUCUUCUUGGGCCUCUGCAUCCUCGCUGGCAUCCUAAUGCUCAUUGCCAUCGUGGUCCUGAUGCUGCUGUGAGCAGACAGGGCAGGAAACUGGCAUCUGGCAUCCCUGGGAGGUGGUGUGGGCAGCACAGCAGGGUGGGAUGGUGCUCGUUGGUGGCCUCAAGUCAAGACUCUCUUUGAGUCUCCAUUUCCUAGGCUCCCUUGACCCACUGUCUCCCAGGGCUGGUGUGAGGCUCAGAAGAGAA